AUGCAACCGGGUGGACAAAGUCUCGUGGAUCGACUCUUAGCGGCGAAAAAUACCAUCGCUGGACAAGCUCUAGCGAAAGUUGUUUGUAAAGCAACAACUGAAGAAAUCAUGGGUCCCAAACGAAAACAUUUAGAUUUUCUUUUGCAAGCAACAAAUGAAAUGAAUGUUUCUAUUCCUCAAUUGGCUGAUUUACUGAUUGAACGUACGCAAAAUUCAUCAUGGGUGGUUUCCUAUAAAGCAUUAAUUACCAUACAUCAUCUGAUGUGCUUUGGAAAUGAACGUUUUGAAGCGUAUAUGGCUUCGCAUAAUCAUCGUCUUCAACCGGCUGCUUAUUUGGAUCGAAUGGGGAUGCCUGGUGGUGAUAUGUCGAGUUACGUUCGACGUUAUGCAAAUUAUUUGAACGAAAAACGCGAUGCUUACAAGUUAACUGGUUACGAUUUUUGCAAAAUCAAACGAGGAAAAGAUGAUGGCGUUCUUCGUACAAUGCCGACGGAUAAGUUGCUGAAAGCGCUUCCAAUUCUUCAAAAACAACUCGAUGCUUUACUAGAAUUUGAAGUUACACCUAAUGAACUUACCAAUGGUGUUAUCAAUAGUUGCUUCUUUCUCUUAAUCAAAGAUCUGAUACGUUUAUAUGCUGCAUUUAAUGAUGGAAUGAUCAAUCUACUUGAAAAAUAUUUCGAUAUGAAUAAAAAGCAGUGCCGCGAAGGAUUGGACAUUUACAAGAGAUUCCUCGAACGAACCGACAAAGUAUCAACUUUUCUUAAAGUGGCUGAGACAUCGGGUAUGGAUCGAAGUGAAAUUCCGGAUUUAUCACGAAGAAUUGAUGAUAAUAGAGCGCCAAGUAGUCUUUUGGAAGCUUUGGAAAAUCAUCUGGCACAUAUGGAAGGUAAAAAAAUACCACCGCAAGCAUCAAUCUCACGACAUCAAACGGAACAAGAUCUGAAGAGCUUUUCACGUGAUUUAAUAUUUAAUGAUAGCGAUGAUCCACAAAAGAUACUCGAAGAAGAAGCUAAAGCACUUGCACUAUUCAAUAAGAACAAAGAUUUUUCUAAUGCUCCGACAACAACAUCGAGCGGAAAUGGUUUUGGUGAUACAGAUUUCUUUUCUCAGCACCAACCACCACCAUCAUCAUCAUCAUCGAAUGGACAAUAUCCAUCCUUACCAGCAGCAAAUACUAUUAAUCAACAGCAACAAUUAUUAACCGAUGAUCUUUUCUCACUUGCAACACCACCAACUCAAACAGCUACUAAUACAUUUUUCAAUAAUAAUUCAAACACUUUUCCAGCAUUUCAACAACCACCGCAACAACCAUUCCAAACUGUACUCGAUACAUCGGUACCUAAAACAAACUUUUUCGACGAUAUUCUUCAACCGACAUCGCUCUCAUCAGGCAAAACUACAUCAACAGCACCGUUAUUUGCAAAUAAUCAAAACAUUCCAACGGCUGCGAAACCACUUCAAUCGGGAGAUCUGAACUCAUCAUUAAAUCAAUUAUUCGAAAAUCUCGAUAUGAAAGAUCGAUCACGAAUUGGCAAAGAUCAUCAAUGGGUACCGGGUGAUGGGAAAAACCAACAAAAGAUUGGUAUGGGAAGCGGCACGAUGAAUAGUCCUGGCGCAUCAUGGCCAAGUCAGCCCACCAUUGGAGCGCCGUUUGGUGGUAUGGGCGGUUCGCAACCAAAUACAAUGUGGCAACAAGCACCAGCCCAAGCAGCGUCAACCAACCCUUUCGCUGCACCUAGUGGCUCGUCGCCAAUGGGCUUUGGUGGUCAACCAGCGCGACCCAUGGGAGCAAACACGAAUCCAUUUGCUGCUCCGCAAUCGUUUGGCGCAUCACCAUUUGGUCAACCAGGCAAGCCGAAUCAAGCGCAGGUUAAUGAUCCGUUUGGCGAUCUUUAA